GUGGAACUUCAGAAAUUUGGCUUUGCAGCUGUGCACCAAACAUUCUUGCAAGACUUUUUCAAAGCAGGCAGGCACAGGGCCCAGAAAAGGCAUCCUCAUUCUUCUUUUUCCCAUGAAAAUAAGCCAAGCAAUCUUUUUUGCUGCUUGCCCAGGAGGACUACUUGCGGCUCACCUUGACCAGUCUCAUUGGUACAGGGCCAUUUGGUGUUUGAGCUGGGCAGCCGCACGAAGACUGGAGACCGAUGCCCCUGGCAUUGAGGCUGUUGCAACGGGGUGCAGCCGGGCCAACCAGUGGCCAAAAGCGCUGGCCUUGGGCGCACCGCAGGGGCUUCCCUGGCAAGCUGCUCUUUCGUUGCCCAGACUUGAAGGCCUGCCUCAUGGAUGCGGAAGAUGCUUCCUGGUCUCGAGCUCUGGCUUUGUGCCCUGCCACGGAUGAUGCCCCUUUGCUAGCGUUGAAGCUGAAUGCCUUCCAGGUUGGGAUGCACACUGUUGCUGCAUUAGCAACCCUUGUCUUGCUGCAGAAAGCAGGUCUUCGGCAUGUGAAGAGUCUUCUCCCAAGAAUGCGAUGAGAGUCUUCUCCAGACUGCAUUCACGACGUUUUCUGAAGACUUUCACCUGAGAGCAACUCAGAGGGUUUGCUUAGCUAAGAAGCACUUGACAACUUGGCCUUUGCCUACUUCACAAGCAAGCGAAGCAUCGGCGGGUUGCUGGUGAAGCAGACGCACUGAUUGAACAUCGUGAC